AUGGCUGUCGCGAUGAGCAAAGUUUUGAUAUUUUGGCUGGAUUUGGGUAUAGACGGAUUCCGCAUUGAUUCCUCCGCAUUUAUUUAUGAAGACUUAAAGUUACGGGAUGAACCUAGAAGUUUUGUGGAAGGUGCCACGCCACGAGAUUAUACGUACUUGAAUCAUAUUUAUACUAUGGAUUUAAUCGAAACUUACAAGCUGUUUGGAGAGUGGCGAAAAUUCGUAGAUUUGUAUGCUGCUAAACAUAAUCAGGAUCAGAAGAUGGUAGUGAUGGAGGCGUACACUACUUUAGAGCACACUAUACAAUAUUAUGAUUACAAUUUGCUGCCUUUUAACUUUAAGUUUAUUAGAAAUUUAAACUCAAAAUCGUCCGCGCAAGAUUUUAAACGAGAAAUGGAUUCUUGGAUGAAUUCAAUGCCAAGAGGUGAAGUCGCUAAUUGGGUGUUGGGUAAUCACGAUAAUCCGCGUAUUGCCUCUCGUUUUCCUGACAGAUCGGAUCAAAUGACCAUGUUAUCUAUGAUCUUACCGGGUUUGGCAGUGACGUAUAACGGUGAUGAAAUCGGCAUGGUGGACAAAAGGGAUAUAUCCUGGGAAGACACGAAAGAUCCUCAGGCAUGCCUCGCGGGUCAAGCGCAAUACCUGAGUGUGACCCGAGAUCCUGAACGCACGCCAUUCCAAUGGGACGCGACGAAGAAUGCAGGUUUUAGCACGGCAAAGUCGACGUAGCUUCCAGUAAAUCAGAAUUACAAGCAGUUGAAUCUGGCGAAGCAGAUGGAAGCCAAGGAAUCACACUACAUGAUUUAUAAGACCUUAGCCCUCUUGCACCGUACGGAGCCGGCUCUUACCGAAGGAAGUUAUAAAUCGAUCACGACAAACAAUGACACUGUUCUGGUUGUAAUUCGAAACAGUGGUUGCCACUUCGUGGUGCUUCUGAUUAACUUCAGCGACGAUGAAUCUCAAGUUGUCGAUCUGUCACAAGAAGGUCUUCCUUCGAAUCUAAAGGUCCAAGUUGCUAGUUUGGGUUCUAAUAUGAAAGCUGAGAAACUAAUUGACGUGAAGACGAUAUCUCUACCUGCGAAAGCUGCUGUAAUAUAUAUUACUAUGGUAGACGUUACAACUGCCUUGCCAUCCAAUGGAGGAGUGUCGUUAAUUGGACGCACCAGAGGUGCUCUUAGGUCUGUGCGAUCCGCUCUAGGAGGAAGCGGAGAGUACCUUCAGGGCCUAGGGAAUAAAAUAGGAUCCGCUCUUAGCAGCAGCUUAGAGGAAAGCGAACUGACUACAACCCCUUCUUCGCUGUCAUUGUCACCACAAGCACCACCACAGGUUAUCAAGCCAGAGGAGCAAUUAGGACGACGGAAACUCAGGCUCCCGAGGUUUGGCGCUGGAUUAUCCUAUGAAGAUUACGAGGCAAUGGCGCGGCAUAAAUUGGAACGACAGGGAAGCGCCAAUCUUUCUAGAACGCGAAAGUACCCGCCUGGGAUGACCUACGAGGAGAUAGCAUCCUCCAGAUCAGUCUCGAGCAAGAAACAGGAGAGUCGAGCUGAGCAGGACGAUAUCAGUCCCGACAGCCAGGAAAGUAUAGAGCCCAUUCAGGAGCAGGACAUCAAAGCGACCGGACCUGAUCCUUAUGAGAAAUUGAAUUACAAAGCAGACAUGCCGUGUAGUAGUGAUUCUACGAGCGAUCAAGAUGGAUACGGACCUAGUACUAGUUUAGAUUCCAACAUGGAUGGUCGCAGAAUAUGGCAAAGAUCAGGAUCAUCGGGUUCCGUUCAGUCUUGGGCUUCAAGCUUAUCGGCUGAUAGUCAAUCGGAGGAAGCUGCCGCAGACUUCAUGAAAGCUUUUGUACCUUUACUAUUCGACGCGCCUAAUACUAUCGAUCAAGAGCAAAAGGCUAAUUUUGGGCAGAUGGUUUUGACAGAAUCGGGAAGAAUAUGGUUCUCCAGGGUGGUGAACGCAAGAAGAGCACGUGCGUGUGUCACAGAAGCUUCAUUUUAUUCUUUGGCGCAGCAUUUUGCAGUCGCGCUAUUCGAAUGCCACGAAGCGGACGAUUUUGCGCCCGCUAAAAGCCUCAUGAAUAUGUGCUUCACUUUCUAUCACGAAGUGGAAGUUCCUGGAUUAGAGCCCUAUCGUGAAUAUCUGUACACGCAUUUACGCGUACAACCAAUAUGGACGUCCAUGAGAUUUUGGACGGCUGCUUUUUUUGACGCAGUACAAUGUGAGCGAGCGUCAAGACCGGUACCACCUCGACCGAAAUCCUUAGAUCAGGAAAGUCUCGCUGCCGAAGAUAGAAAGUUUCAAGCAAACAUUGUCUUCGGACAGUUAGGGACUUUUACUUGUAACAUGCAUGCUUUCGGCCUGUCACGAGCUUUAUGCACAGAGUUUCUCCGGAAACAAUGUAUUAUUGCUAAUUUAACUAAAGAACAAGAGAAAAUGCUGCGAGAUAACAUAGAUCGAAUGUUCGAUGAGACCGAGCCAUGGCGAUAGUUUAGUCUGAGAGAAGAAAUAGAACCGAUUUUUUGAAAAUUUAAAGAAACUUUAAAGAAACGUUUUGCAAUGUUUUGUCUUGAAAAUAUUUCCGACAAAAUCAAAUUGUCUUCGAGCGCCGAGAAAGCGGAGAAGUCAAUUAUGAAAACAAUCUUGUUAAUACCGUUGAUGUAAAUCGAUAUUUGUCAAAUUUUUCGCGGUAUUCGACGAUGGACACGUCAAUUCCUAAUGCAAACACUGCACAGAUUUCGCGCCUUAAAUUGUGAAAAGUAUUUUGUAUUUUACGUUUCUAAUAUAAAAAAAAAUUUACAAAACUGCGUUAAGGAAUUAAUCUUAUAACGCUGACAAAAAUAAAAAGUUAAAAUUUGAAAAUUGGGAUUUAGAAUAUAACUUUAAGUUUUAAAAUAAAAUAUUAAAAAUUACAUAGCGAUGAUAGAGGGUUAAGAAUAUAAUAAAAAUGACAAUAAAGCAAAAAUGGAACUGUAUUAUUGACAGUUUGAUUGAAAAAGUGAUUUAUGUUGAGUGUAAUUUUGAAAAAAUGAAGGAAGAAAUAUUCUUAAUAGUAAAAAGCACGUAAUUCAAUACAUAGGUAAUUUUUUAUACAUACACGCCAAAAUUUAUUUUAUUUCUCAAAUAAAAUUUUACACAAAUGUUUUGUUAAGAAAGUCUACUGUCACAUUUUAAGCGAAAAAUCUAUAAUCUUUUUUCUAUAUUACUUUAUGUCAUUACAAAAUGUAAUAAACAGCUUUGAUGCGUUAAAAACUAGUUUUAACAUAAGAUUAAAGUUUGUAGCAUUGUUUAUAAUUAAAUUUACUGUUUUUAUUACUCUGAAAUUAAUAACAACAAAAAUACGAAUUAUAAGUAGGCAUUACUUUAUAUUGCAUCUUUCCUGGUAAACACACAAUAGUCACACAAGAAGUCUUAAUGCGUUACAUGCGUAAUUUUGCACUAGUUUAGCAAUUUCUGAAAAUUAUGAUGCAUUUUGUAAAUGAGGCUUAUAAACAUAUAUAAAUAACAAGUUUAAUCUUUGUUAUUAGGCAGAAGUGUUUAGCAGAAGUUUUUUUCUAAUAGCAAAUAUCAACAAAUAUAAUCGUGCAAUUUGUGCAUUUCGACGGCUUAAUUGUUAUCACACACAUCAUGCAAUGUAAAUAAUUUUUAGAGAAAAGCUUGUACUUAAACACAUAUCAUCAAAUGCAAAUUAAUACGCUUUAUUUUAUUUUAUAUCUACUACCUGCGAUAUAUCUGCAAAAGAAUGAUAAACUCAGAAAAUGCUGAAGAUAAAUAAAGAUAAAUAAAUUUCA